CUCGCGUUGUGGGAUCAGCACAGGAUUUAUUUUAUUUUAUUUUAUUUCGAUCCUCCCAGCAUUGAAAAACGUUUUUAUUUAUUUAUUAAUAGUUUGCCGAUCUGACGUUUCUCUCCAGGGGCAGCUCUUGCACUCGCCCCGGGCUCCGCGGGUGUCCCACCGUUGCGAAGGGGCACCUUCGGCGUGUUUGUGUGGCGAUGACGGACCCACAACGCCAGGGCCCGGGCAGGGCGCUCCCGCCUUCCGCAGCAUCCUUCCGCUUCAGGCACCGGGCGUAUCGCGGGGAGGCGGUGAGAGGAGCCGGGGAAACACGCGGCGCUCCCGCAGCCACGGAGCUUCUUCAGGCGGCUGGAUCGGUUCCCGAGGCAGCCUGCAGAAGGGGAGCCUCGCUCGGAUUUGGAGCCGGCCUCUUGGCCGAAGACUGGGCGCCUCCGCUGCUGCGCGGCCCAGACCCCUUUGAUCCCAGUCAGGGGAAAGGGGAGGACCUCCGUCCUACAUCUCCCAGCAGCCCACAGCGCGCUCAGAAGGAAUUGUGGGAACUGAAGUCCUAGCGACUCUGCCAGCCUCAGCCCGCUCAAGGCAGGGGCCGGGCGUGCCCCCCCGUCUCCCCCCGGGCUUCUGCGCCGCCGCCCCUCUCCACGACGGACGGGAAACGCGCCAGGAGGCCUUUUCGGUUCUUCCAGGGGGAACCCCCCCCGCCGCAACAUCUGGAAACUGGAUUCCAGCAGCAGUCCACCCAAGACCCCUGGACACAAUAUCGGAAGUGCGAUGUGAGCUCUGGGAUCUUCCCCCAGGGCCUCUUCUCUGGGGGUCUCCUGCUCCUGUACGUGGAGGCUCCAUUUUGUACUGGUGGCUUUCGGCCGGUGAUCCUGCAUCGCCCUGGGGCUCGAUGGGCAGCGGCCAGCUGCUUCCAGCUUGGAGGAGACUCUCCGAAGGGUGAGCCGUGCCAGCCUUCUGCAGGUGGCGUCUGCUCCUGCCACCGAGCCCCGGUUUAGCCGUCGUCUGUCGAAUGAGCCCCAGUUCCUUGGGAUCGCCCGCCCUGUGCUGUCAAUAAUCUGCAAAUCCGCCAACGUGCCCUAACGCGUUUGUUUUUUUAAAGAGACUGGCGGAGGAAGGAAGGAGGAAGGCGCUCUCCGCUGCGCCCGCAAGGUCUCCGGGCCGGCUGCCGCUCUAAGAGACCGGACUGAGCCCCGCCGAGGUUGGGGGCGGCGCUGGGCUCGCCGGCUUUGCGGUAGCCGCGGCGGCGGAGAACGGGGAGCGCCUUGGCCGGGCGGGGGCUGCGCGGCGCCUCCCCGGGAGCAGCAACUGUGCGGGAGCUGGGUUAAGGCCCGCCGCCCCGCCCCGCCUCUCGGGCGGGUGUGUGCGAGGCUCUGCCCGCCUCUCCCCCCGUGUGCAGCAGAGGGAAAGGACCGGCUGUUGCUCCGUGGAAGCCGCCGCCUUGCGUCCUGCAACUGCGCCCCCGUCCCGUCCUGCAGCUGAUGCCCAGGGAGGGGCGACGCGAUGGGCUUCCUGCACCAACUUUACCUCCUGCUAUGGAAGAACGUGACGCUGAAGCGACGCAGCCCGUGGGUGCUCUCCUUCGAAAUCUUCAUCCCGCUGGUGCUCUUCUUCAUCCUGCUGGGACUGAGGCAGAAAAAGCCCACCAUCGCAGUGAAGGAAGUCUCUUACUACACGGCAUCGCCCCUCACCUCGGCCGGCAUCCUGCCCGUCAUGCAGUCCCUGUGCCCUGACGGGCAGCGCGACGGGUUCGGCUUUCUCCAGUACUCCAAUUCCAGGGUGACCCAGUUGCUGGAGCGGCUGAAUGAGGUGGUGGAGAAGAGCAACUUGUUCCACCCGGAUCAUGCCGGCCCAGAGGAGGAGUUGGAGUCUCUCCGGCGCCACCUGGAGUCUCUCGGCAGCAGCAGCGGGCCCAGCGCGGUGGAGACUCAGUUCACCAGCCACAUAGCCCCCGGCUUCUCCCUAGACGCCAUCGCCAAGGACAAGACGGAGCUUCACCGCUUCCUCAUGCAGAACCUCUCCUUGUCCAACGAGAUGGUGGGGCUGCUCACGGGCUCCAGCAUCAACCUGAGAGAGGUAUACCGGCUUGUCUUUGGCAUGUCCCCCGGCUCUGCCGAUGGCUUUGGCCCAGUGGACAAGCGGCAUCACCCGGAGAAAAGCUUCCUGGGUAGCCUGAAGAUGAUGGAAGAUGGGCUGGUUCGGCAAGCGCUGCGCCACCCCCUAAAAGGCGCCCAGCGGAAGGCCAUCCUCCAGCUCUUCUCCCACGCCAUGGGCCUGGCCAGCCCCAUGGCAGAGACCCCCAGCUCCAACAGCCCACAAUCCUUUGUGAGGGACGUGGAGAACAUCCUUUUCACACCCCCUGUGCUGGAGAACCUGACGUGUGGCCAGAACCAGGACGAGCUGAGACACAUCCUGGUCAUCCCGGAGAGCCAGGAGCCUCUCCUGAGGGCCUAUCGCACUGCUGUCUGCAACCAGAGCGCCGGCCUCCGGGCCGACUACUUCAGGCAGCUGGCCGUGGAGAUGAAGGACCAGCUGGAAGCGGGCAAGGUGGUUGAACAGCUGAAGCUGGACGAGGUGAACCACACCAUGACCCAGAGCCGCCUCCCUGCCCUGCUGGAGGACCUGAUGGAAAUGGAGAAGGUGCUGAAGGACCUGGACAUCCUCUCUGCGCUGGCUAAGCUCCUCCCCAAGGGGGCCUGUGUCGCAAAAGCGCCCCCCAUCGCCCCCAACGGCACCGGCUCCGCUGCGAAUUUUACCUCUGGCACCAAUUCCAGCUCCGAGGAGGGCAGGGCCGAGAGCGAGCUCCCGGCCGAGGAUCCCCAGGGGCAGUGCUCGGCAUUCGUGCAGCUCUGGGCCGGCCUGCAGCCCAUCCUCUGUGGGAACAACCGGACGAUUGAGCCUGAGGCGCUCCGGCAGGGGAACAUGAGCUCUUUGGGCUUCACCAGCAAGGAGCAGCGCAACCUCGGCCUCCUGGUGCACCUCAUGACCAGCAACCCCAAGAUCCUGUAUUCGCCCGUUGGCACCGAGGUGGACAGAGUCAUCCAGAAGGCCAACGAGACCUUCGCCUUUGUCGGGAACGUGACGCGCUACGCCCAGGUCUGGCUCAACAUCUCCGCUGAGAUCCGCGGCUUCUUGGAGGAGGGCAAGUUGCAGCAGCGGAUCGCCUGGCUGCAGCAGAUGGCGGAAGAUCUUCACAGGCACCCUGAGAUCCUGAACGUCUCUGACAGCUCCCUCCUCCACGGCUUCACGGAGAGCAACCUGUCCCUCUCCAACACCAGCACACUUCUGCAGCAGCUGGACACAAUCGACAACGCUGCCUGCGGCUGGAUCCAGUUCAUGUCCAAGGUCAGCGUGGACAUCUUCAAGGGCUUUUCGGAUGAGGAGAGCAUCGUGAACUACACUCUGAACCAAGCCUACCAAGACAACGUCACCGUGUUUGCCAGUGUGAUCUUCCAAACCAACAAGGAUGGCAGCCUCCCUCCCCACGUCAUGUACAAGAUCCGUCAAAAUUCCAGCUUCACGGAGAAGACCAACGAGAUCCGGCGGGCGUAUUGGAGACCCGGGCCGAACAACGGGGGCCAUUUCUACUACCUGUAUGGCUUUGUCUGGAUCCAAGACAUGAUGGAGCGCGCCAUUGUCAACACCUUUGUCGGCCGUGAUGUGGUGGAGCCUGGCAAUUACGUGCAGAUGUUUCCCUACCCCUGUUACACCCGUGAUGACUUCCUGUUUGUGAUUGAGCACAUGAUGCCCCUCUGCAUGGUCAUCUCCUGGGUGUACUCGGUCGCCAUGAUGAUCCAGCACAUCGUGGCGGAGAAGGAGCAUCACCUGAAAGAGGUGAUGAAGAUGAUGGGGCUGAACAAUGCCGUCCACUGGGUGGCGUGGUUCAUCACAGGCUUCGUCCAGCUGUCCAUCUCAGUCACUGCUCUGACCGCCAUUCUCAAAUACGGGAAGGUCCUCAUGCACAGCGACGUGCUCAUCAUCUGGCUCUUCCUGGCUGUCUAUGCCGUGGCCACCAUCAUGUUCUGCUUCCUGGUGUCCGUGCUGUAUUCCAGGGCCAAGCUGGCCUCGGCCUGUGGUGGGAUCAUCUACUUCCUCAGCUAUGUCCCCUACAUGUAUGUGGCCAUCCGGGAGGAGGUGGCCCACGACAAGAUCACCGCCUUUGAGAAGUGCAUUGCUUCCCUGAUGUCCACCACAGCCUUUGGGCUGGGCUCCAAGUACUUUGCCCUCUACGAAAUGUCAGGCGUGGGCAUCCAGUGGCACACCUUCAGCCAAUCCCCCGUGGAAGGGGAUGACUUCAACCUCCUCCUUUCCAUGAUGAUGCUGAUUGUGGAUGCCGUGGUCUACGGGGUGCUGACGUGGUAUAUUGAAGCCGUGCACCCAGGAAUGUACGGGCUCCCUCGGCCGUGGUACUUUCCGCUGCAGAAGUCCUACUGGCUGGGAAACGGGCGCACCGAGGCCUGGGACUGGUCGUGGCCCUGGUCAAAGAGGACCCCCCUGAGCAUCACGGAGGAGGACCAGGCGUGUGCUAUGGAGAACAGAAGGAUGGAGGAGAGCCGGGGCAUCGAGGAGGAGCCCACCCACCUGCCCCUGGUGGUCUGUGUGGACAAACUGACCAAGAUCUACAAGACCGACCAAAAGCUGGCGCUGAACAAGCUGAGCCUCAACCUCUACGAGAAUCAGGUGGUCUCCUUUCUGGGCCACAACGGUGCCGGCAAGACGACCACCAUGUCCAUCCUGACGGGCCUCUUCCCCCCGACCUCCGGCUCCGCCACCAUUUACGGCCACGACAUCCGGACGGAGAUGGACCAGAUCCGGAAGAACCUGGGCAUGUGCCCGCAGCACAACGUCCUCUUUGACAAGCUGACGGUGGAGGAGCAUCUGUGGUUCUACUCGCAGCUGAAGGGCAUGGCCAGGGAGGAGAUCUGCAGGGAGAUGGCCAAGAUGGUCGAGGACCUGGAGCUGACCCACAAGUGCCACUUCCUGGUGCAGAUGCUGUCCGGAGGGAUGAAGAGGAAACUCUCGGUCGCCAUCGCCUUUGUGGGGGGCUCACGGGCCGUCAUCCUGGACGAGCCCACAGCCGGCGUCGACCCCUAUGCGCGCCGGGCCAUCUGGGACCUCAUCCUCAAGUACAAGCAAGGAAGGACCAUUCUCCUCUCCACGCACCACAUGGACGAAGCUGACCUGCUGGGCGACCGCAUCGCCAUCAUCUCCCACGGGAAGCUGAAGUGCUGUGGGUCGCCCCUCUUCUUGAAAAGCACCUACGGGGACGGGUACAAGCUGACGGUGGUCAAGAAACAGUCGGACGCCCGGACCAACAGUGAGACGGGGCUCCCACGCAGCCCCCCCUGCCCCUCGGCCACCAGCCCCUGCUCCGAGGAGCGAGUCACCCAGUUCAUCAAGAAGCACGUGGCCUCCUGCCUCCUCAUCUCCAACACCAACACGGAGCUCUCCUACAUCCUGCCCAGCGAGGCUGUCAAGAAAGGUGGCUUCGAACGGCUGUUCCAGCACCUGGAGCACCACUUGCAGGAGCUGGACCUCACCAGCUUCGGCCUGAUGGACACCACCCUCGAGGAGGUCUUCCUAAAGGUCUCGGAAGAAGACCCGUCCCUCGAGAACAGCGAGGCGGAUAUCAAGGAGUCCGAGAAAGACGCUUUCCCACUGCCCAGCCCCCGCCUCGGCCCCAAGCCCCAGGCCAACGGCCACCCCCUCCCGAAGCCAGAAAGGCCGAUGAAGCCCGAGGUGGAUCUGGGGAACCUCCUGACCUGCUCGGGCUUGGCUGAGUCCCAGGGGUCCUUGCUUUCCUCCUCCUCCUCUUCCUCGGCUGGCUCCGUACGUGGCGAGGACAGCGGGGCUUAUUCGGACUACUCCCUCUUGUUUGGCAACCCGCAAGACCCCGAUAAUGGCAGCCUGCAAGAGCCAGAGGCUGACCUGGAAGAGGCGUCCCUGACCAGACAAGGCAGUGUCAAGCUGCAGGGCUCCUGGCUGAAGCUGCGCCAGUUUCACGGGCUGCUGGUCAAGCGCUACCAUUGUGCCAAACGCAACAGCAAGGCCAUCUUCUCCCAGAUCCUGCUGCCCGCCUUCUUCGUCUGCGUGGCCAUGACGGUGGCCCUCUCUGUCCCGGAAAUAGGUGACCUGCCUCCCCUCAUCCUUUCGCCUUCCCAGUACCACAAUUACACUCAGCCCAGAGGCAACUUCAUCCCCUUCGCCAACGAGGAACGUGGCAGCCACCAGCCAGCGCCAGACGCCAGCGCCCAGCAGCUGGUGAGCACCUUCUACCUGCCCUCCGGCAUCGGGGCCACCUGCGUGCUCAAGUCGGCCUUCAACAGCACGUUGGACCAGCAGGUCCAGUCGCUUAACCUCAACAGCAACGAGUCCAAGAUGUUGGCGGCCAAGUACUUUGAUGCCAUGUGCCUGGACUCCUUCACCCAGGGCCUGCCCCUCUCCAACUUCGUGCCUCCCCCUCCGUCCCCGGCCCCCUCCAACUACCCCUUCUCUCUGGAUGAGGACCUGCUGCGGGCCUGGAAUUCCACCACCUUCCCGCCCACCGUCAAAGAGACGGUCACCUCCACCCCGGCCCAGCCCAGCAUCGUCCAUGAGCCCAUCAGGUGUACCUGCUCCAUGCAGGGCACCGGCUUCUCCUGCCCCAGCGGGGUGGGGGGGCACCCUCCCCAGACGAAGGUGGUGACGGGGGACAUACUGGUGGACAUCACGGGGCGCAACGUCUCCGAGUAUCUGCUCUACACCUCGGACCGCUUUCGGCUGCACAGGUAUGGAGCGGUGACCUUCGGCAACAUCCAGAAAUCCAUCCCGGCCUCUUUUGGGGCCAGUGCGCCCCCCAUGCUCCGGAAAAUUGCUGUCCGCAGCACUGCCCAGGUGUACUACAACAACAAAGGAUACCACAGCAUGCCCACCUACCUCAACGCCCUCAACAAUGCCAUCCUCCGUGCCAACCUGCCCAGCAGCAGGGGCAACCGCGCAGCCUAUGGCAUCACCCUGACCAAUCAUCCCAUGAACAAGACUAGUGCCAGCCUUUCUCUGGAUUACCUCCUGCAAGGCACCGACGUGGUCAUUGCCAUCUUCAUUAUCGUGGCCAUGUCCUUCGUGCCGGCCAGCUUCGUCGUCUUCCUGGUGUCCGAGAAGUCCACGAAAGCCAAGCACCUCCAGUUCGUCAGCGGUUGCGACCCCGUCAUCUAUUGGCUGGCCAACUACGUCUGGGACAUGCUCAACUACCUGGUGCCAGCCACUUGCUGCAUCAUUAUUCUCGUCGUCUUUGACCUGCCGGCUUAUACCUCCCCCACCAACUUCCCUGCGGUGCUGGCCCUCUUCCUGCUCUACGGGUGGUCCAUGACGCCCAUCAUGUACCCAGCCUCCUUCUGGUUCGAGGUGCCCAGCUCGGCCUACGUCUUCCUCAUCGUCAUCAACCUCUUCAUCGGCAUCACGGCCACCGUGGCCACUUUCCUCCUGCAGCUUUUUGAGCACGACAAGGACCUGAAAAUGGUAAACAGCUACUUAAAAAGCUGUUUCUUGAUUUUCCCCAAUUACAAUCUGGGGCACGGACUCAUGGAGAUGGCUUACAACGAGUACAUCAACGAAUACUAUGCAAAGAUCGGGCAAUUUGACAAGAUUAAGUCUCCCUUUGAGUGGGACAUCGUGACCAGGGCUUUAGUCGCCAUGACUGUGGAAGGCUUUGUCGGCUUUUUCAUCACCAUUAUGUGCCAGUACAACUUUCUCCGAAAACCACAGCGUUUUCCCGUCUCCACCAAACCCAUUGAAGAGGACGUGGACGUGGCCACCGAGCGGCAGCGAGUUCUGCGUGGGGAUGCCGACAACGACAUGCUCAAGAUUGAGAACCUCACCAAGGUGUACAAGGCCCGCAAGAUUGGGCGCAUCCUGGCCGUGGACCGGCUGUGCGUGGGCGUCCGGCCGGGGGAGUGCUUCGGCUUGUUGGGUGUCAACGGGGCAGGGAAGACCACCACCUUCAAGAUGCUGACGGGGGACGAGACCACCACCAACGGCAAGGCCUUCAUCAAUGGGCACAGCAUCCUGAAGGAGCUUCUGCAGGUCCAGCAGAGUCUGGGCUACUGUCCGCAGUUCGACGCCCUCUUUGACGAGCUGACGGCCCAGGAACACCUGGAGCUCUACACGCGGCUGCGCGGCAUCCCGUGGAAGGAUGAGGAGCGGGUGGUCAAGUGGGCGAUGAAGAAACUGGAACUGGCUAAAUGUGCCAACAAGCCCGCCAGCACCUUCAGCGGUGGCAACAAGAGGAAGCUGUCCACCGCCAUCGCGCUGAUCGGCUACCCUGCCUUCAUUUUCCUGGACGAGCCCACCACCGGCAUGGACCCGAAGGCUCGGCGCUUCCUCUGGAACCUCAUCCUGGACAUCAUCAAGACGGGCCGCUCUGUGGUUCUGACCUCGCACAGCAUGGAGGAGUGCGAGGCGCUCUGCACGCGGCUGGCCAUCAUGGUGAACGGGCGCCUCAAGUGUCUGGGCAGCAUCCAGCAUCUCAAGAACCGAUUUGGGGACGGCUACAUGAUCACCGUCAGGACCAAGUCCAGCCUGAACGUGAAGGAGGUGGCUCACUUCUUCAGCCGGAACUUCCCGGAGGCCGUCCUCAAGGAGAGGCACCACACCAAGGUCCAGUACCAGCUGAAGUCGGAGCACAUCUCGCUGGCCCAGGUCUUCAGCAAGAUGGAGCAGGUGGUGGACGUCCUGGGCAUUGAGGACUACUCCGUCAGCCAGACCACGCUGGACAAUGUGUUUGUGAAUUUUGCCAAGAAGCAGAGCGACAACCUGGAGCAGCAGGAGAGCCUCCCGCCCUGCUCGAUGGAGUCCCCCCUGCAGCGCCUGCUGGACCUCCUGCGGCCCCGCGGGGCCCCGACCGAGCUGCGCACCAUGGUAGUGGAGGAGCCCGAGGACCUGGAAACGGAUGACGAGGGGCUGAUCAGCUUCGAGGAGGAGAGGGCUCAGCUCUCCUUCAACACGGACACCCUUUGCUGAAAACGGAGGGGACGUGGCGCUCGGCUGUGCAGCCCCCCGCCCCUUCCCGCUUGGCGGCUGCCAUCCUCGGCCUCUCUGCCCGACCGGACCAGUGAGCGGGACGUCCCGGAGGUGGCGAGAGGAGGCACUGCCCGAGCCUUCGACCUGGGUGGCCCCCAGGAUGGAGCUGGCCUCGUGUCCUUUCGCAGAUGGCCAGGCCUGGACGUGACGCAGGCCAGCCGUGUGAGAAGACUUGGGGAGGACCGUUUAUGCAGAGGAGCAGCUGCCUCCACACCCCACGAACCCCACAGUUUUGGGCAUUUGUCCUCGGAGAGACUGCGUGCCGUUGGGCCUCACUGCCCCUUCUGCCAGGUUGUGUUGGAUCCGACUGCGGAGGCGGCUGGGUGGUGCCGGCCUUUCUGGCAAGGGAAGCACGUGAUGCCAAGGGGAGGGGAUCCCCUGGGACAAACCUCAGGGUGGCGUCCAGGGGCUUCUCGAUCCCUCCCAGGACAUCCGCUCUCCUCUUUCCCCUCUCUCCCUCAGCCCCAAGACCAAAGCCCCCGGGCGGCUGCCUGAGGCUUGGAAAGGGCUGGGCCUCUGGUUCCCUGCUCAAAAGGGAGCCAGCCCCCCCCCCCGAAAGCAGCCCAGGGCCGUGCCCGUUUCCUCUAACCAGGCUUGGAGCUUUUUGCUUCCGGAUCUGCUUUUCAAGGCAUCCAGCACCACGACUGGGCCCAAAGCUUCCCAAGUGGCCGAGGCCCCCCAGGAGCCCUCCCCCCGCUCGGGAGUGGGGCGGCAGCUUUCCACGCCUCUGCUUGCGCCCUAAUCCGGCAUGGCAUGAACCGGAAGCCUCCAGCGAGAUCACGAGGGCCUUUCCAGCUCUCGGCUCUCCUGCUUGCGGUCCCGGUGAGCCCGUGGAUCCGUACAGUUGCCUCUUCACCAAGAGGAGCCGAGGGGGUCUUCUCCAGCACCCGGGAUUGCCUCAGAUGUGUGGGACUCCAACUUGUGAUGCCCCAGCAGGUGGCUGGGGAAGAUGGGAACUGUAGUCUGAAGUGCAAGGUGGGGCUGCAGUUAGAGAAACCUGGGGCACCCUUUCCUGCUGGGGAAUGGCACCCCCCCUCCCCCCGUGGCAACUUGCCCUCCCCCCUCCGGCUGUCCUGUUUGCACUGACCUUCAGAGAAGCCAAGAGGCCAGCAGGGCCCCCCCCCCAACUGAAGAGGAGGGGACACCUUGGGGACCAGGGCCAGGAUGGCUCCCUUGCCAGCGAGGCAGCUUCUCAGCACGGAACAAGCGCAAAUCGUAUUUUGGGAAAGAGGGAGGUUUUAGACAAAGAUUGCAUCGGUUUAUUUUGGGCUUAGCAAGCACAAUGUUGUUUUUUUUAUUUAUUGGAGCGCUGGGGAGGGGUGUGGAGGAGAGUGUGUGCCUGGGCGGCGUGUGGAACUGAUUGGGACUCUGCUGAGUUCUCUCUUUCCCCACAACAGCUGUGGGCCUUUGCCAGUCCCCUCUCGGGGUCCCCCAGGAUGGGGGUGAAAGUGGGCCCUGAAGCCCCGGCGCAGAGGGAGACACCAGGCCAGCUGCAAAGAGGCACCGGCUGCGGAGGGUGCUCUGGUGAGCCGGCCCCUUCUCAGCCGGGGUCUGGUCUGCUGGGCCCUCCGGCCCUUCUCUCUUGAGCCCCGCUGGGGCGGCUUGCUCUCUCGGCAAAGAGCCUGGCUGUUGCUAGAACCGGAAAACCCAAUGUGAAAAAUAAUUACUGUUUUAAUAAAAAAGCGACAAUAACCA